AUGGCCUCGGCGCCCAGCCCGCCGUCCCCUCUCCUCGCGCGCGUGUCCAAGGCCGAACCCCGCCUGUGCAGGAAACUGGAGAUCUACUUCCAGAGCCGGCGGUCCGACGGCGGCGAGUGCACGGUCCGGGCCCUGGGCGACCGCGCCCCGGACACCUUCCAGGUGGAGUUCAAAGAAAGGGCAGCUAAGGAGAGAGUGUUGAAGAAAGGAGAACACCAAAUUUCAUUUGAAGGCAACACUGUGAGCAUUUUCCUGGAACCCGCUGAAAAUCUACUAGAGAAGAACGAGAGUCAGAGCAUUUCCUUGUUGACACCAUCAGAAGCAGGGACGCCAUCUGGUGAGAAGCCUCCCGAUGAAGGACAUAUUCCUAACGCUGUGGGUUCCUGUGUGCCAAAGAUCUUUCUUGAUGUAACAGCUGACCUGAACUGUAACCUGUUCUCCAGAGAGCUGAGGGAACACAUAACCACUCUCUGUCCCAAUGUCAAAAAAAUGGAAGGUGUCAAUGGAAUUGAGAAGGUGUGCGGUGACUUCAGAGAUAUUGAGAAAAUACAUGAAUACUUGAGUGCGCAACUGCUGGAAAGUGAGCAGAUAUAUGAACCUUCCCCUUUAACGAUAGAGAAGGAGCCCCUCAGUCAGCAGGACCGGGAUAGCUGCAUUUCCCCUGAACCAAAAACCAGGAAAGAAUUAAGAAGCAAACGUUUUGAAGUUCCUUUACCUUUCCUUGAAUAUUUCAGACACACUUGUCCUGGUAGAAUAAAAGUGAUAGAGAAAAAAUUUGGCAUAAACAUCAAAAUUCAGGCGAGUUCUCUGAAUAUGGUUUCUUUAGAGUUUACCUCAAGUCAAUCAGGAGACCUGGAAGCGGCUUAUGAGUCUUUUGCCUGUGAAUUUCAGAAGAACACGGAGUCUCUGAAGCAGGAGAACAUCCCUUUAGCAGACAGCAAGCAGGCAAAUGAAAUCAAACAGGAGUUAAACCACCGGUUUAAAAAGCUCCUUAUAAAGGAGGAAGGAAGGGCAUUCACUCUCCUUGGGCCCCAAGAUGAUAUUUCAGCUGUCAAACAUUUUCUUGCCUCCAAAAUUUCUGAAAGACCUGUCAAGACACCUGUGAAAAUAUCAGCUCCCAAUGGCACAAUGAAUGGAAUUGAGGUUGACACUGCUCACUACAAGCUUUUAGAAGCUGAAUUACAGCAGGAAGUAUCAGCGAUAGAGAGAAAGUACAACACUUGCAGCAGGGUUUUUGAAAAAACUAAGAAUGCUCAGAAAACCUGCAUUCUGUUUGAAUCCAAGGACAAGGACGUUGAUCUGUCUAUGCAUGCCUGUGCAAGUUUCAUUGAUGCCUAUCAACGUGUCUCAUGUCAGCUGAUGAAAGCAGUUCUUGCGCUGCAACUUUUGGGCAAGGAUAAAAAGCACUUCUAUGGGACUAAGUUUGCUGAUGACUUUAGAAAAAAGCAUCCAGAUAUACAUAUGAUGUUAACUCAAGAGUCAGUGAUUCUGACUGGUUUGCCAGAUCACCUUGCAAAGGCAAGGCAGAGUUUCUUAAAGAGAGGGGGAAUGCCUCUGUUGGUUGGAGAGAAAUGGAAUGAAGAUCAUGAGACACCCAUGGACAUUGACAGUAAUGAUGCAAAAACAGUUUCAUCACCAUCCAAUGGCUCUGCCAGUUCUGGGGCCUCAGGAGUAGAUGAGAAGGAAAAGGACAUGUGUGCCAUCUGUAUGGACACCAUUACUAACAAAAAAGUGCUACCAAAUUGCAAGCAUGAAUUCUGUGCCUCUUGUAUCAACAAAGCCAUGUCACAUAAGCCAGUCUGUCCUGUGUGCCUGACCUACUAUGGUGUCCAGAUAGGGAAUCAGCCAGAUGGAACCAUGUCUACCAGUCAGUUGCCAACAAGUCUUCCAGGUUAUAGUUCCUGUGGCACCAUUGUGAUUACUUAUCAUAUGAGAGGAGGUAUACAAACUAAAGAUCACCCAAACCCAGGAAAGAGGUAUCCUGAAACACGGCGAACUGCGUACUUGCCUGAUAAUGAGGAAGGGAGGGAGGUUUUGAGACUGCUUCGGAGGGCCUUUGAUCAAAAGCUGAUCUUCACAGUGGGGCAGUCUCGCUCUUCCGGAGCCUCAGAUGUUAUUACGUGGAAUGAUAUCCACCACAAAACAUGCCAGUUUGGGGGACCAGAAAGUUAUGGCUAUCCUGAUCCUCAUUACCUGAAACGUAUCAAAGCCGAACUGAAAGCUAAAGGAAUUGAGUAA